GGUACAUUUAUCCAAGCCACAAUUCCGCUCCAGUUGAUUCCGCAGCUUGAAGACAAAUUCGAAGAAGGAAAAUUGUAUGCAAUAAAGAACUUUGAAGUAAAAGAAAAUCAGGGCAAUUGGAGGCCAACUCCCCAUCCAUAUCGUUUGUUCUUCACAGAUAAUACAAAAAUCGCUUACCAAGAAGAUAAGAAGCAUGACUACUUCAGGAAAAGCGUCUAUAAAAUCACAGAGUUUUCUGAUAUUAUUAAUGGCCCCGAUGUAGUGGGUGCUAAUUUGUUGGAUGUCAUGGGUGCAUACAAUCCGGAUGAUGCUCUAUUCAAACCAGAUGACUUCAGUAAAUCUUGGUGUAGAUUUCAGAUAACCAAUCUACAGUUAAUAGAAUUUUAAUUACUAAAUAUAUAAUUUAACAAGCAUAUUUUUAUUGUUCUUUAAUCAUUAGUUUAUAAUUUACAUCCAGGAACAUUAAAAUUUGGUGCACAUUGUGGGGUGAUUAUUCUGCUCAAUUUUUGAGGUUCUUAGAAGUUCCCAGGCAAAAUCCUGUUAUCGUGCUCCUGCAAUUGGGACGAAUAAACAAACGUUUUG